UCAACAACAGUGAGGAUAGGACGGUGUCGGUGUUAGGUGUGACACCACAACUCCAGGCAAACCAUGGAAUUAUCAGAGAAAUACUAGACCUUCAGUGAAAACCGAUUGUGUACAUAGUGUAUAGUCUUACUCCUACCGGAAAACAAGCAAAUGAAGGGCAGUGGUUACUUGAGUGGUGUAAAAAGUGGGUAGAGGAAGUGAUAUCUCUAGUUAGCGGAUGUUUUAACUGAUAAGCUCGCCUGUUAUCAUCAUGGCUACGAUGCAAGGUUACAUAAGUGGUCAAGAAUCCCAACUGGAUGACCUCCCUUCGUGGAAAAGGGAUUUGAUAUUACGUAAAAGGGCUAAUGUCCGAAUGCAUGGAGGGUUUGGGCUCCCAACUCCCACACCAUCGAUGGCGGGUCGGGGGCGAGGCUUACUGAGUGGCCCUCCAGUGUCAUCCUCAGUGAGUGGCCCGUCAUCCUCGCUGAGUGGCCCAGCAUGCUCAUUGAGGGGCCCACAUCUCCCAUUGAUACGCUCCGUGAGUGGCCCAGCCUCCUCCCACCCCUACCCGUCAAACAACAACGCGGUCAGUUCUCGAUUGGAAGGUGGUCGUGUCACUUUGAGUGGUGGUAGUGGUGAUGGGAGCUAUUCCCAGAAAUGUGCCGUAAAGAGUGAAAUUGCGAGUGCCAACGUAAGCAACAUGCAUCACAAAGGUCUUAACGAUGAGGGGCCGAGGGUUACCUCCCCGACUUACUCGUCCUAUAGUGACUCUUGUACCAAUGUUCAAGAAAAUGAUGAGGACUUUAGUUAUGGACCAGGAAUCGUUUCCAAACUCAAGAACCGGUACAUGUCUUUGGCCAUGAGGGACUCACGUUCUCGACCCCCUUUGAGAAAAUUCAGUUCACUCGAGGACCUCUUGGACGACCCACGGGAAACGUGGCAGGAAAGGAGCUCGAGUGUUGCCAAACCGCGCCAUGGACACAAUGCCCAGGCCAACGCUGCCAGUCACCGGAGGGAGGUUAUGAAGCGAGCCCGGUCUGUCGAUUCGUUGAGCAGUAGGUUAUCUGAGGAAACCAGAUCCCGAGGGCUGCCCAAGAGCAAGUCCGCCACCAGUCGUCUGCAAUCUAGUCUGUCUGCUCUGCAGAAGGAUGAUGUGAUCAUUAUUGAAACCUCUAAGCCCAAGACCGAUCAACAACAACAACAACUGAAUGGUGCCCACACAAAAGGCGUGGAUGGUGGCGAACCCCCGCCCUUGACCAGAAAAAUGUCGUCCUCGAACCUGUUGGAGGAGGACGAAAUGCCUCCUCCAGAUACGGUCCGCCACGUCAAGAAGAUGUUCGAGCCCGUCGGAGGCAAGGCUCUCAGAGGUACUAAAGCCCGGGUGGCUGCUCACAAGGCCGCCCAAGCAGCCAUCAAAACGAAUGGAGUGUCCCCACCUACAUCCAAACCGGCCCUGAUGGCCAAACCCACAGAUAUCCCUCCAAGAAAGGUCACUCCCUCCUCCGGCCCAGCUUUCCCAGUGACCAUCGAAGAGGCCAAGUCAUCCCUCAAACAAGUGGCACAGGUGUCUAGGGCCUCUCCGAGGGCCACCCUCAGUGUUCGUGCCACGGCCCUUAACGGGGAUGCUGGUGGCGGAGAGGAAAGUGCUGCAGGAGGGGGAGGGGGCAGGGCGCGGCCUGGCCUGACCCCAGUCACUGCGUCGGUGACGGCACCUUUGGUGAACGGUGAUGAACUCCGACAUUCAGUUGAAAGUAACGCUGCGAUAGUGGAAGAGGGAGUGAGAAGGGUCUCCAACGCAGCUGUGAACAAUAUUCGCAAAGAGAGUCAGUGCCAGGAAUUCAAUUUCACCCGGUCAUCGUCGUCGACUCAAAGUCUCCAUCCCAAGGCCCCAACGAAGCCUUCUUCUCCAACACCCACUCCCUUGCCAGCAUCCCCCGUGGUAUCUCACAGGGUGCCCCUGACCUCCUCCUCCCCCGCGGCCACGGAGCCCCCCCACCAGCUCACUUCUUCGCCCGAGACGAAGAUUACCAAGUCUCAGGAGAGUGAUCGGGUCCAGCAGGAGAACCUGAAGAACGCCGAAAAGUCCCGUGGAGGAGGACCUGAGUCUGUCCCGUCCAGGUUUGACCCCCACAAGGUGACCAAAGUGGAGUCCAUUCGAUCCCCGACCAAAAGUGAACAACCCCCGCCCUUCUUCCACCUCGGCCCCAAGGGGGACCCAGUGAAAUUCCCGGCGAAAGUGGAAUCCCCCAGGUCAACCCCAGCCCAGGGGAAGGAACAAGUGAGAGGUUCGCAGAAGGCCGAAUCCCCCCAAAAUGUAGUGUUAAGUCCAGUGGAAUCCAAAGCUUCUUCCUCUCCCUUUCUGUCCGAUGACCUGGUUCGAAGCCCAGGCAAAGGAAACUUGGUCGAAGCCUUCAACAAAACCUCUGCCCAGGGCAUUUCCCCCGUCCUCAAGCCCGCCAACAGGGACUGGAGGGGCCAGACCGGGAAUACUCAGGUGUUUAAUUUCACUGACAGCAAGGCUGCUGCCCCGGAUUACGUCGAGAAUGACGGCCUGGACUUAUCCAACAGGACGCCAAAGCAACUCAGUUCUGGGUACGUGUACAUGCCCGGCUGGGAGGGGCCCCGCGACUCCAGUACAGACGGCGAUGACCUGGACGACCUGGGCAGUGACUACCUAGAUGCCCGGCCGGGCGUCAUCCCCCCUCCUUCAGGUAUCGUCUUCGAGGGCGAGGCUGUCAUCAUCAAUGGCAGGAGCAACCUCCAGAGACAACCCAAAACCAAAAAGUUAACCAUCUCGUUCGACGAUGCUGCGCAGACGUACGAGUACCCCAGCGAAGCCUCUUUGAUAGAGGAGAACCUGCCAUUUUCAGCCACGUCCACCGACCUCACCGGCACUUCUGACACAUCGAGUGCUACUCAUGGUGGCUUGGCGAGUUAUACCCCCAGUAAGAUCCAGAUUGGUAGUUCUUUUGAAUUGGGUGUGUCUAGAACAGCCCCUUCUGUUCAAGCCUCUCCUCCCACUCCUCCAGUCCAAACGGAGAGGUCAGAGGAGGAGUACUUGCGUCCAGCUGAUGAAUCUGAAACUGUCACGUGGAGUGCCGAAAGUACUUCCGACAUGCUUUUUUAAUAAAUUAAGUCAUCCAGUUUGUAUACAUGAAGCUCAGUUCAAUUGAAAUAUUCAAGGUUGCAAUGUUUCCAUUCUGUGGUGAGAACAGUAACCUUAGAAUUACUAUGCAGUAAUGAAAACCGCCCAGCUCACUCCUUCAGGAAAGGUUAGGCUAAUAGGGCGGACAAGGAAAAGCUUCCGACAGUUUGAAUAUUUGAAUGGUAUAUGUGGUUCACUAAAAUGAACCAUCUAUAUGCAUUUCAUUUGUUUGUUGGGUUGUUAACGAGAGAGGGCGUGACAGACCAUGUUUUGAGCAUUACCAGUGAAAAUGUAAUGAGUAUAAUGUGUGACUCCAUUAUGUAUGAUAUGCUAUUUUCCAAAAGAAUUUAAAAGGAUUAAAAAUAUUACUCAUUUUGUGAUAUAUAAUAUAAUAUGCUAAAACUUUCCAGCAGGGUUGUUAAUAUGUUGGGAACUAUUGGAGAUUUAUAUUUUGUUACAUUAGUUUUCAUAUGUAAUUAAAAAGAAACAAUUUGUGUAAAGCACACAUUCUUGUUCAUUCAUUGAAUUAAGCUUUCCAGUAUCAUCAUUAUUACCCUUUAAACCUAACUGCUGGCCUACAGUAACUUCUUAUAUGACAACGAUAUAGAACGAAAAAGAAGCACAGCUUUUGAUUUAACUAAAUAUGCUACAGUCUCUUGUUUGGGAAAGUUCUUCAUAACUGUAAUUUCCAACUGUGUGGCUUCUUUAGCUUCAUCUGUGGACUUCUUUGAUGUACUGUACGUAAUAAUGCUUUACUAUCGGAUUAUAUUCUCAUCAGUACUAUUUUUCCUGUCUGCCUCUUGGGGUAGAGUGCUGUUUUAGGUCAUUCCUUUAUAAGGGGCCAUCAUUUUCUUGCUUCUCUGUAAUUUGUACAUAGAAACAUGUAAUUUGUAACAAAGAAAAACAUUGGUAUGAGUGAAUGUGAUGGAAAUUGAGGGCAUUGAGCACUCGUAUAUUACAUUAAUUACUACAGCAAAAACUCAUGAUUACUGUAUAGUCAAGUGCUUGUAACUGUACCUUGAUUCCUGAUUAGCAUGAUUGUGAUGAUUGUCUACUCAAACAACCAGUGAUGUCAUUUAUCUUUGAUUUUCAUGAUUGUAUAUAUCUAUAUAUAUAAUAUAUAUAUAUUGUAAUCAAUUUUAGGGGGGAAAUGAGAAAAAGUUAGCAAAAUAGUGGAGAAAAGAUACUGUUGAGAGUGGAAAACUGUGUCAAAGCAGAGAUUUUCUUAUAUUUUUGGAAGUAUAUUUUAUACAUUACUGAUGUGCUAUAUUCGAAUUGUUUAACUACCAGUCAGUUAUAUAGAAAAUGUCUUAUGGAAUAAUGUUAGAAGAAGAAAAUUGCAAAGACCUGUGGAUGAUUUAUUCUGUGUUUCUGAAGAAAAUUGCAAAGACCUGUGGGUGAUUUAUUCUGUGUUUCUGGUAUGUAGGCUGAAUGUCAUUAAUUUCUGCUAGUCUCCAACAUUUGCUCUUCCAACGUUAAGGAAUAAUUUAGAAAAGUUUUCCUUGGGUUCCAGUGUAAUGUAUCAGUAACAAAGGUUCCAUUUCACAAUAUACUGUGCAAUUAAUUACGCUUAAAUGUGUGGGCCAACCUUCUUUAUGCUAAUGAUCUUCUGUAAUUUGAAGAAAUAUUUGUAGGGUGUUAUGUAGAAUUUGGACGAGGUUACAUAUACAGAUUUUGUACCAAUGUUUGUGAUGUAAUUUAUGUAUGUAAUUUGUUUGAUGAACCUAUUGAUAUGUAAAAGGAAAGUCAUCCAUUUAAUGUGUGGAAUAAGGAUAACAAACGCAUAUGUGUGAAUCUGAGGUUAACUAUUUGUUCGUGUUAAGCCUCGGCAGUUUAUGAGAGUUGAGUAACUGCUUCACUUAAUUUACAUUGCAUUUAAAUUAGAAGUUACAAAGUAAAACACUCAGGAAAAAUAUUCAUCUUUGGCAAAGAAUGAUUGAGCUGUAAUUCCUUACCACAGCUAUAACUGGCUAGUUAAUUACAUUACCAUUCAUAAAUAUAAAAUUCUUAAUUUCUUUUGAGAAAGAAGGUGAACAUUUGACAAUUGAAUUUAUUUUGCCUACAAAGCCUCCUUCCAACUGAAAAUUUUUUUACUUAGAAUAUUGCAUUUUAUGUCCUGCUUUGCUGUGUCUUGAGUUUAUUGCACUGUUGGUAGUAUGUCUGGUAACCAAAUGAGUUAGCUAAUUUUGUGUUUUAUUGCAUUGAUAGUACAAAAGAAAUCAAACUACAUUCCUUGGAAAGACUUCUGUAGAUGACUACAGUACAUUAGUUAGGCAAAUCCUUCCAUGUUGAAGUUCCUAUAGAGUACAUAGAGAAAGUAAUUUGUGCAAAUACUUGCCAGGUAAAUUUUGACUCUUCCCCCCUAAAAAGUCAGUUGAUGAUAAUGUACUAAUCAAGUGAUCUUUCUUCUUAAAGAAUGUGAGCUUUAUUGGAAGUGAAAAAGUUUGUUACAGCACUGUACUAGCAACUCAAGUUCAUGGCACAGCAGAAAACAGGACUUUUGCAGUACAUUUAAUGUGUUACAAUCCUGCAUUUUUUUUCCACUAUGCAGGAAUGAAGUUGCUAUACACAGUCACGUGGAUAACUGUAAAUCACUUGUUUAUGGUUUUAAUGUUGUGUAAUGUAAAAAAAAGAUUAAAUGCUGAUGUGGUCUCUGUUUAGGAGUUUAAAGUAUGUUUUAAAAGGCUUGAAUGCUGCUGUUAGAGGUAAAACUGCAGUUGAUUAAUACCUUUAAAAGCUGACUUUUCGUCAUUGGCUUCCUGAGUGUUCUCUAAAUUGUUCUGUUCUAUCAGGACACCCAAGCUGCUUGCCUUUAAUGCUAUCUGUGUAUUUGCAUCUCUCUGCAUUUUUUUUUGAGGAAUAAUAAUAAUAAUAUUUCAGAUGGCUAGAUAAUGUAAGCCUAAUAUUAUGCCAAUAUUGCACUAAGUAAAUCCACCUACACAUGAAAGUGAUAAGGAUUCCUUAAGUGUAUUUUGACAGCAGGUGAAUUUUUGUUGUAAUUAAUAUAUGUAGUUGUCUGGCAGAAAUUGUGCAAGUAAAAGUCAAAAGUUAACAUAAGAAAAUCUUGUAUUAACAACUGGGGAAUACUUUGGUCAAAGUUUCAUAAUGUACAGUUCUUUAGUGGUACUCAAACUCUUGAAGACAAAGCACUUUAAGAAAUGCAACUGGUACUAGUGAGUUUCUGUUUUUUUAUUGUAUCAUCCAGCAAGUAUGAUUGUGCGCCAUAUGUUUUUAAUAUAUUACUCCUGUAUGAUAAAAGUGAUUUGUAUGUUUAUAGUUCUGUGAUCGUAUCAGUAAAUCCAGUCAAGAAUAUGAAA